AAACUGCAAUACACUUCAGACUCAGAAUUAUUGUUUCAUUUCUUGUUCAUUACUUGACAAGUAGUAACAAUGAAGAUUUCUAUUGUUUUUGCGUUCGUGGUGUGCUGCUUGUAUGCAGAAUCAAAUGCAGCAACGAUUUCUCCUUUGGUGAGAGCUAGAGGUGAUCAUAAGCGUCAUCAUCGUUCGUUUUGUAAACUGGUGGAACCAAUUGCUGUGGGAUGGGUUUCUGGUGAAGAAAUUGAUGCGGAUAUGUGUGGAGCUUUGAAGGCUUUCGACAAGGAAUGUGAUAAGAAUUUGUCAUUGAGGACAAAUUGUGAUGGUGUUCCUGAAGGACCUGGAGGUGAUGGGGAGGGUGAUGGUGAUGGUAAUGAGGAAGGAGAUGGUGAUGGAGAUGGUAAUGGAGAUGGAGAUGGUGAUGGAAAUGGAGAUGGAAAUGGAGAUGGUAAUGGAGAUGGAGAUGGUGAUGGAAAUGGAGAUGGAAAUGGUAAUGGAGAAGGUGAUGAAGAUAACCAAGGACCUUCCACUCCAAAUUGUGGAAUCGACAUCCCAAUCUCCACCGAUCCAUCAACCCAAGGACCUAUUGAAGGUGUUACCACUGAGUGUACCAUAAUCAGUAACCCAUCAACUGAAGAACCCUCCGCGGAUCCCAGUACCGAUCUCAGUACUGAUACUGACCAAACACCUGGAGUUCAAGACGAAAUAACUGGAAACCCUGAAGCUGAGACCCCAAACCCAACUAACACUGAAACUCCUGACGCAUCCACUCCGGCAACUAGAGCUAAAGUUCACUCUAAGUCCAAGGCUAACCAUAAGUCUAAAGGAGCUAAAUCCAAAUCCAAGGCCAAUCAUAAAUCUAAGGCUUCCCAUAAAUCCAAGGGAGUUAAAUCCAAGUCUAAGGCCAACAAGGCCCACUCUAAGAGCAAGGGUCAUGCUAAAAACUAAUCAUUUAGAAAUCUGGAAAUGUUACUAGAGUUGUACACGAAUAAAUACAGAUUGAUUUUAA